CCUAAUUAGCCUGUAUGUUCAUGCAUUACGACCCGUUUUUCCAGACCGCGGCUCAUAUAUAUUUCACUUCAUUAUAAAGUAAGGUUUAUACCAAUUGUCUCAGACGAUUUUGAAAUAGAACCUUAUUGCAAACAAUCCCUGUUUAUCAUAUCAAGGGUGUAUCAAUGGGUGUAAAACCAAUCCCCAGCUUCCUAACCCAAUCAUUAGUUUUAUUAUGCCCCCUUCGAAAAAGAGGGGGUAUAUUGAUUUGCACAUGUCGGUCCGUCGGUCUGUCGGUCUGUCGGUCCGUCGGUCCGUCCGGCCACCAGAUGGUUUCCGGAUGAUAACUCAAGAACGCUUAGGCCUAGGAUCAUGAAACUUCAUAGGUACAUUGAUCAUGACUGUCAGAUGACCUCUAUUGAUUUUCAGGUCACUAGGUCAAAGGUAAAGGUCACAGUGACUCGAAAUAGUAAAAUGGUUUCCGGAUGAUAACUCAAGAAUGCUUAGACCUAGGAUCAUGAAACUUCAUAGGUACAUUGAUCAUGACUGGCAGAUGACCCCUAUUGAUUUUCAGGUCACUAGUUUUGAUUAACAUUUGCAUACGGCUACCAUUUGUUGUCGAUAAUUAACAGAAACCGCUGGAUCUGAUGAUAUGGUUGUAACACGUGUUCGCAUAAUGAUAAACCAUUUUCCAACUUAUCAUUUGUUAAUGUACAUAUAAUAUCACUUUUUAAAUUCAUAGCUCCUUGUACUCUGUACGUCUUCUGAUGCGCACAUUAAUUUUUUAAUUUACUUUUGAAGUUUUUGAAAUCAUAUGGAGACGUGUUCUGCUCAAGAAAUUAAAACAGAGGACCGAAAAACGUGCCAUUUUUACUGGACGGACAACAUUUACUGUUUUCAUUGUUCUCUAUCAUUACUUGAAGUGUCGAUUUGAUCCCGUCAAUACUACUCGGACAAAAGUCGGAAUAAGACAGUUCAAACAAAGAUGAAAGCCGAUACUCGGUUUGUACUACUUGCUCUAGUCGUUGUGGUGUUUUUGAUUGGACGGCUGCAAUACUCAAAGACGUUUUUCGUCACAACAGGGGUCACAACAGUAGCCAGUGACUGUCCAAUACAAGUGAACUACACCAAUAGGCCAAAUGGCAUCCGCACUCGAAGUAGCAGUUCCUCAACUUUAAUAAUACGACUUAAGGGGAGACUCGGAAACAUGAUGUUCCAGUAUGCUUCUAUUUUGGGAAUUGCUACUAUGGGCAAGUUUUCAAACGUCGUAGUAGAAAAUGGAGAACGUUUAAAAGAAAUAUUUUCACUUUCAAAUACUAAGGUUUCGUUUUCAGCGUCUAAUAUGUCAUCAACGUCUAUAGGUGAGAAAGCGUGUUACAUCUUUGAUAAGCGAAUCGGUACGCUAAAUAAUUCUCUUAGUUUUCGCAUUGAUGGAUAUUUAGUAUCGUGGCGAUAUUUCGAAGCCAUAAGGGAUAUUGUGCGUAAGGAGUUUAUAUUUUCAACUCAGAUAUCGAACAAAGCCUGUUUCAGACUUCAUGAUGUCCUUAAAACGUUUAAUGUUCCCAAUGCGACAUUCGUCGGUGUACAUAUCAGACGGGGCGACUUUACGUACGACAGCCUUAAGAAACUUGGCUAUUUGACAGCGCCACGUGAAUAUAUAAUCAAAUCAAUGAACAUCUUUUCGAACUUAUACGCGAAUUGUACAGUCUUCAUCAUCUGUUCUGACGAAAUAAAAUGGACCAAAGACGCCCUUUCUAACGUCACAUCAAUCUAUAACAUAUAUUUCAUGGAGAGUAAUUCUGCGGAAGUUGACAUGGCAAUUCUUAGCAAAUGCAACCACACCAUCAUCACGACCGGAACGUUUGGUUGGUGGGCGGCAUGGCUGGCGGGUGGUACGACAACUGUCUACAAGAAGCCUGCGCGGGAAAACACGUUCCUAUCGGCUCAAUUUAAUUACACAGACUACUUUUAUCCGUGCUGGUUGCAAAUAGAUUGAUUGGUUUGCGCAAUUCCUGCGAUUGCAUUUAUUCACAUGUGGGUUGCUGUAAGAAAAGCUGUUUAAGCCAUUACGUGUUAAGUGCACGACAAAAUGUUCUUCUUGUUUAUUCAUUUUAAAGCAUUAUAUUGUAUACAUACAUGUAUUACAUUUGAAAACAAUGGUUUUAACAAAUAAUAUAGAAA